CUCUUUGCAAAACCCGCGUGGGAAUGUGCACGCCCUUUUUGCCGUGGUUUUUUCACCAAAUUUUCGCCAGUACCAAUUAUUUCUAUCACCAUGUCUGCAGUUCUAAGACAAACCGCUAGAGCCACCGUGAGACUCGGCAGCAGAUCUGCAGCAGCCAACGCCAGCGCCCGUCUGGCAAGACACAACUCGACGGACGCCAAGCCGGUGGACCCGAAAAUCGCACAAAUUGUCGACCAGAUUUCGACAUUGACCCUGUUGGAGACCUCGUAUCUGAUCCAGGAGCUCAAGACCAAGCUCAACAUCCCAGACAUUGCAUUCCCUGCCGCCGGCGCCGCUGCCCCAGCCCCUGCUGCUGCCGCCGAGGCAGAGGCCGCCGAGGCCAAGGAGGAAGUGCAAGAGAAAACCAUCUUCAACGUGAAACUCGAGUCGUUCGACGCCAAGGCCAAGCCGAAGAUCAUCAAGGAGGUCAAAUCCCUGCUGGGGCUUUCUCUGGUGGAGUCGAAGAAAUUUGUUGAGGGUGCUCCAAAGGUGAUCAAGGAGAAUGUCAGCAAGGAGGACGCCGAACAAAUGAAAGCUACACUCGAAGGCCUGGGCGCCAAGAUCGUCCUGGAGUGACCUGUAUAUAAUAGAGAGCAAAAGUGCCUAGUAUGGGGAAUUUCUUCUUAGUUAUCUGUAAGGAGUCAUCGGGUAGUACGCUUCGUAAAGGUGUCGCGGGACGCGCAUGCUGGCACGCGCACGCGGCGGGGUGUGCAUGCCGGCAUAAUACGGGCUCAUGUCGUCGAACUCGUCCUGCGGAUGGUCCGACUGGUUCAGCAGCAUCGCAAACGAGAUCAGCGAGUUCACGGUGUUCUGGAUCCGCUCAAGCAUCUCGAUGCUGGUCGUGUGUGCCGUGCUGCACCGGAAAACGCUGAAAUUGUUGGUGAUCAGGCUCUCCAGCGUUUUUUUGCGCACCAAACUGGUAUUCUGGAACGCCCUGACUAUCGUCAGCAGCUCGUCUUCCAUCGCAAACAAUUCGUCCAUUUCUUGGCGCUGGCCCGCCGGAGCUCCCUGGUAUGCUGAGGGCGGCGCGCCCCGCACGGUCUCCUUGGCUGCCAGGUCCAGCUGCUUCAGGUUCGAUGUGAUGCUUGUGCAAACGGAAGCCGCCGACUCAGGGUCUCCCUUGAUGCUGCUGGAAGAGCCCAUCUCGGGCGAGCUGGCGUUCCCAUGCGACUUUCUUAGCGCUCUGCGGGAUCUCGAACGGCCAAACAUCUUGUUUCCGUAAACACUAUCAAAAUAAUGCCCCAGAUUCUUGCCGCACAAACAUUUUUGGUAGCUGCACAGCCUCAAAAGUCAACAAAAUACUUGCCAUACGGGUCGUCGCCCACGGCGCCAUAGUCCAGCUGUUCUUCCGGAUAAUGGUCAAACAGAGAUGUGUCUCCGACACCGGCGGUAAUUGGGGGCUCGUACGGAGUCUCUAUGUCCUUGAGCAGCAAUUUCUCCCACACAACUUCGCUGAACCACUGGUGGUUCCUAAUGUCUGCCGGACCGUUCUGCAGGUUGCCGAGACGGUGCGUCAGGUCUGCGGUAAUCAGCCGAGACAGAAGGUGGACAACGUCCGGGUGGAAGUGCGAAGGAUAGUGGAUUUUUCCCGCCAGAAUCUUUUCGUACGUCUUCAUUGGAGUUUGGUCGUAGAAUGGAGUGUAGCCGGCCAGCAUUUCGAAGAUCAGAAUCCCCAGCGACCACCAGUCCACGCUCUUGUUGUACGGCUUGGUGGUGAUCACCUCGGGCGCAAUAUAAUCCGGAGUCCCGCACAGCGUCCACGUGACGGUCUCGACCUCCUUGGCAAACCCAAAGUCGGUCAGCUUGAUGUGGCCGUUUCUGUCUAGAAGAAUGUUUUCCGGUUUGAGGUCGCGGUAAAUGAUGUUGUGAGAGUGGAGGUACUCGAGCGCCAGGGUCACCUCUGCGGCGUAGAAUUUGGCCACCGGGUUGGGGAAUCUCUGCGACUUCCGCAGCAGCGAGAACAACUCUCCCCCCUCGAUGUAGUCCAUCACCAUGAACAGGUUCUUCGCGUCCUGGAACGUGCCCCACAUCCGGAUCAGGAACGGAUGCUCCACGAGCUUGAGCAUGCGUCUCUCGUCGUUUGUGUGUUCCACCUGCUUCAUUCUGAUCACCUGGGCCUUUUUCAGCACCUUGAUCGCGUAGAAACGGUUGUUGUGGACCGACUUGACAAGAUGCACGCGGCCAAAGGAACCCGUUCCCAAAGUCCGCAUUAUUAUAAAGUCCUUCAAAGAGUAUUUGCCUUUAGACACCGUAGACCGUUGCGGCAGCAGGGACAUGCCGGCUACCCGCUGCAGAUGCAUGUAGUUUGGCUGGAUAAUUGCCUGGUACGAGGGCAUGUGCUGCAGAAUGGCCAUCUGCUGCUGCUGCGCCUGCUGGACAGCCAACUGCGAGUUAUCUACUCCUCCCACAUGCUCCUGAUAAACGUUUUGUAGAAUCUGUUGGUCUGGUUUCUCCAUUGUGUUCGUCUGUUGUGUAUCCACAGCGGUUUCCGGAUGUCCAGCGCCUAUAUGUAGUUUCUGUAAAAGCCUGGAACGCAUAUACUGGUUGGCCGUAAAAGAGAGCAGAUGAAAUUGCUGAAAACAAAAAAGCCGUAAUUAGAGAAUAUUGAGCAACGAAUUUGUCUACUGGUGGGAAAGCGAGCGGCACAUUCCGCAAACAGCAAGGCCCCUGUUCACUUUGGCUCUUCUACUGACCAGCUCCGCAUCACCGCAAUCUUGCGUCCGAAAGGCCCUGCUACAAUUGGGCCAUCC